GAUUAUAUUAUCUCUGUCUUCUUCUUUAAAAUCCAUUGAAAUCCAUACUGGUUUUCUGUACAGUCGUGAUCAAUCUCUUUACUGCUGCGUCGGCGAAACAAAAGCAAGCGUACGACGAUGUCGAAAUAUGGAGCCAUGGAUCUCGCAUCAGGUCUUGGUGGCAAGAUCGAUAAAUCCGAUGUUCUCUCCGCAGUCGAAAAGUAUGAGAAAUAUCAUGUCACUCGAGAAGGAGAGGAAGAGAGAAAAGCCAAUUGCAGCGACAUGGCAAACAGAUACUACGACCUUGUGACUAGCUUUUAUGAGUACGGUUGGGGAGAAUCCUUCCAUUUUGCAAACAGAUUGAGAGGAGAAACGUUUCGAGAGAGCAUGAAGCGGUACGAGCAUUUCAUCGCCCUUCAACUUGCCCUAAAACCCGGACAGAAGGUUUUAGACGUAGGAUGCGGAAUCGGUGGACCGUUGAGGGAAAUUGCUCUGUUCAGCCGAGCAUCCAUUACCGGCCUCAACAAUAACGAAUAUCAGAUCACAAGAGGCGAGGAACUAAACCGGGCUGCCGGUUUGGACAAGACAUGUAACUUUGUCAAGGCAGACUUCAUGAGUAUGCCGUUUCCCGACAACAGUUACGACGCGGUUUAUGCAAUAGAGGCGACAUGCCACGCACCCGACGCCUAUGGAUGCUACAAAGAGAUCUACAGAGUGUUGAAACCCGGCCAAUGCUUCGCGGCCUAUGAAUGGUGCAUGACCGAUGCUUUCGACCCCCAUAAUCCCGAACAUCGAAAAAUCAAGGCGGAUAUCGAGAUCGGAGACGGUCUAGAAGACGUAAGGCUGACUACCAAAUGCCUCGACGCUUUGAAGCAAGCGGGUUUCGAAGUGAUAUGGGAGAAAGAUAUCGCAAAGGACUCGUGCGUGCCGUGGUAUUUACCCAUUGACAAGAGCCAUUUCUCGUUCAGUAACUUCCGAGCCACGGCCAUCGGACGAUCACUUACCAGAUUCAUGGUCAAGACCUUAGAGUGCAUGGGAAUCGCACCGAAAGGGAGCGGGAGGGUCCAAAAGUUCUUGGAGAAGGCGGCCGAAGGUUUGGUCGAAGGAGGAAGGAGAGAGAUCUUCACGCCGAUGUAUUUCUUCUUAGUCCGAAAGCCGGAGUGAGCAAUGAGAGAACGUGUCGUGUCCCAAUGAAAUAUAUAUAGUUGUUUCACGUUCGGUAUUUUAAAAACUAUUUUACGGACGAUUAUAAUAAUCGCCCUCCUCGUUGUCUCGUGGGUAUUCUACUUUGGACGUUUUGUAAUAACAUCAUAAGACAUGCGAAUAAACAUUUCUAUUUUGUUGUGUAUUUUGAAA